UGCGAAUGAAUGAAGACUGACCUUGACAGUACAGCGCUACUAACUAUAGGUCAAAGAGCCUUGAGAUUCACAACUUCGUCAAAGGUAGGCACUAGCUUUUUCAGUUUCUGUAGCUCACAAACUCUUCGAUUUACAAACUACUUAUCGUUCAUAAUGUUGUUACUUCGGUAGCAGACACAAUAGCAAACACAAUAACACAUCUUCAGACUUGGUUUGAUUGUAUUGGUGUAGUUCAGUUUAUCUGUGUACACAUGGAGUGCCGUUAAUGAAUGGCAUACUGUCGUGCCACAGGAAUGAAAGACCAGAUUUCUAAGGCAAUAUCCGAAGUAUGCAAAACAAAGCUCUUAUGUUGGGUUUCUGUACCUGUCUAGAUUCUGUGCAUUUACUUGCUCCUAAUCUGGUAAAUUUCAAAGCUUCAUACCAAGCCGUCAAUAAAACAUUACUUUCUCAACCGCUUGGGGCACAUCAACGUUUUAGUGAGUAUGAAGUAACAGGAUGACCAAAAUCAAUUCAAAGCUGACUUUGCAAAUUUGGGCAUCUGUUUUUUUGUGCCUUCCAAAUUUUUUUACAGGCCAGAGUAUUCUGGUGGCGUUUUGCAUAUAAGUAGCCUCUAAAAUAACAAAAAUCUGCCUGAAGUAAUAACACGGAAGCUCUUUCUGCUGCACGUAUCCCGAAGUUCACUUCCUGUACGUAAAUAGUUGACCUUUUAAUCAGAACCUACUAAAUUAGAAUAGUUUUGCAAAUCUUUGAUUCUAACCUCCAAAUUGAUAUUUUUCGUUAAUUAAUACGUUAGGUAGUUUAUAUGCUGUUCGGGUUAGCAAGCUGUAACUACUUAACGUUAUUUGAAUGUAUAAUAAGGUCUAUUCUAGUGAUAAGAUAAUUAAAUUGGACCUACCAUUUUUGCUGCUUAGUCCUUUUGUUCCAGGUGUCUUAUGUUCAGAGUUUUCCCUUUACAUUAACUGUUUACUCUGGCAUUUGAGUUUGAUCUACCUUGGUGAAAAGUUCCUUCUUCGACAUGAUACCAUAUAUAUUCGGUCUCUGCUCUAUGUUAACUGAUAUUUGAUAAGAGCCCUUCACAAUUCCAGCCUUUUAUUCGGUAUUGGGUUCUCCUGCAACGUAUUUACGGUUCAGUGCUUUGCAACUGAAUAUGAUCAUAUAUCCAUCUUGGUUUUGAUAUUUUUAAGUCUUAUUGGUGCAACCUUUUUUCUUGUGUACAUAUAGAGCAUUAAGACUGCAAUUUCGGUCCAUAUACUAGACGCCAAUUCUAUAAGAAUCUUCAGUGUUUUCUGAUGUCCACCGUAACAGAUGACGAAAUCAUAAAGAGAAGACUUUUAAUCGAAGGCGAAAGUGGAAAUGAUGAUCGCAGAAUUACACUAUUACUCAAAAAUUAUCUUCGAUGGGUAGCUUCUGAUGAUGUUGGUGAAGACGGCUACGAAGCCUAUCAAGCCCUUAUAGCCAGUGUUUACCAGUGUGAAAAUGCCAUGGAACAGUCGUCAUUAGUAAUAGCUAUGAACUACGAACAGCAAAAACAGUAUGAGGAUUUAUAUAAGGAAAUUGAAACGGCCAUUGAAAGUGCAAAAAAUCGCAUUCAACAAUGUAAAGAAGAUCUGAGGUCCGCAAAAACUGUCAGGAAAAAUAGACGAGAGUAUGACAGUCUUGCCAAAGUUCUUUGUGAUCAUCCAGAGAGAGAUGAGACACUUGAGAAGUAUAAAAAAUUAAAAGCUACUUUAGAAAGACUGGAGAAUUUAAAUGAAGAGUACGACCGAAAGAUUCAGCUUAGAAAAACUCAAUUCCAUUUGUUUUUGGUUGCUCUGAAAGGCUUACAAAAAAUUGUAGAGGAUGAUGAUUCCCUAUCUUCAGUCACAGAUGACUUGAUGCCUACACAGUCAUCAAAGUCUGUACACGAAGAGAUUUCUAUGAAAAUGGAUACAACUUGAAGAAUAUAUAUUUAUUUAUAAUAGCCAUGAAAUUUUGCCUUUGUUCAUUGCGAGAUAUUGAUUGAUUUCGCUUCAAUCUUGAUACGAUCUUUGUAAUUACGUCUUGUAAAUAUAAGGUAUCACAUGUAAAUUUGUUGUAAGAUGUAUUUAAUAUAAACUUCUCGUUUGACAA